AUGCUUGCGAUCCGCCGACUGCUAACUGUUGAAACGCCAGCAGUAUGUUCCCGAGUUACAUUUCACAAUCGCAGCUCAGUACCUCGGGUAGUUGACGAUCGCGAGAAAGCCCGUGCUUUGCCCGACGAUGCCGGCUAUGUCUACCGCUAUCAUCGUCCUGGAGUCGAUCCGCUUCCACGAAUCCCUGGCUGUCGUGUCCCCGUCGCGCGACCUUCAUACCACAUUCGCGAUGCUUGGCGUGAAUCACAAGCGCGAUUCGGCCAAAAUGACUAUAUCGAUCUGCUCGGCGAUGGGCAACUGCAUCCAGCCAUGCUACAGUACCAUACUCCAAAAUGGCUGAGAGGAUUCCCUGGGCAGCAUAGAGCAAAUGAACUGGUGAAAUUAAUUCACUAUCGGAAUCUGUACUCGGAAAAAUUGAAACAAAAUUCACCGAGAAGAUGGCAUGAACUCUAUAUGGCAAAAGCAAUGCUUUAA